CAUAGAUUCGUCCCGUAAAUAUUACUCAACUUUUUUAUCUGCAAAACGGGUUAGUUGAACGGUCAAGAAGUGCCGCUAAUAUUGCUACAACUCCUCGGACCAUGUUUGAAUGGGCGGGGAAGUCUUUAUUUUGGACACCAGUAUCGGUUAUGUAAGCAAAUGUGGCGACUGUAGGUCGGCUUUUAAACCACUUAAGAACGCCUGAGCAGACAUGGAGCCGAGGACAGGCGAGCGCACGAACGGAGAGUUGCCGAAGAAGUACGAUCUCCUACCGGCGGGAGACGAAGAUUCCCGAGAGGCGAGGCUGUGUGGGCUCCGAGGAUGGCGGCCGUCCUGCCUGCAAAGACUCGCCACAGUCAGAUGGUAUCUUCUGUUCUUCUGUCUUCUCAUGUUCUUUGAGGGAUUCGUGCAAAAUGGCUACUUCAAAGGCGUCCUGACGUCCAUAGAGAAGCAGUUUAAACUGACCAGUUCGUCCACCGGUUCUCUGGCCAGCGGGGCGGAGUUUUCGGCCCUCUGUGUUGUCGUAUUUUUUAUUCACUUAGGGGGGAGGAGCCAUCGUCCCGUCAUCCUCGGGCUCGGCGCAUGCUCCAUGGGACUGGGGGCCUUCUUCAUGGCGAUGCCGCACUUCUUCAUGGGAAACUAUGAUUAUGAAGCCCAUUCCCUGGACAACGCGACCAACACGUGUCAUGUCGGGCACUCUGAGGAGAGUGACGUCUGUACUGCAGCUCAGGAAUCUGCCGCUGGCGGUGGAUCAUAUUACGGUUUACUGAUGCUGGGAGAGCUUCUGAUUGGAGCAGGCUCCACCCCCAUGAUGACUAUAGGCGUGGCUUAUCUAGAUGACCACGCCCCCAAGAACAGUGCAUCACUGUACAUAUCGGUUUCCUGGUUCAUGCUGGUUCUGUCCCCGGCUGCCGGCUUCAUCAUCAGCGCCGUGAUGGUCAACAUGUUCGUGGACAUCGACCGGGUGGACCUGGACUCCGUCACCAUCACUCCAUCAGACCCCCGGUGGAUAGGAGCCUGGUGGCUCGGUCUGCUCAUCGGCAGUUUCCUCCUCUUCCUCGUGUCCGUCCCUUUCUUCUUCUUCCCGAGGGCCCUGCCGAAGCCCGAAGACGACACGAAGGAUCCCGAAGAGACGAAGAUGGACACGAUCAGGGAAGAAGAUGAAGACGAGGACGAAGAGAAGGUGGAAGACCUUGUCUUCCUAUUUCUUGCAGGGUUUUUCCAGGCUCUAAAGAGAAUCCUGUUUAACCUGGUGUUCAUCAGUGUUAACAUCAUGGGCAUCUUCGAGAUCAACAUCACUCACGCCGUCAUCGUGUUCCUGCCCAAGUACAUGGAACUCACCUUCAGUCUGUCCGCGUCCGCGGCCAACUUUCUCGUCGGUGUAGCAAGUAUCCCGGGCGCUGCAGUCGGCAUCAUCCUUGGCGGUUACCUGGUCAAGCGUUUCAAGUGGGGCAUGCCGGGAUGCAUCAACUUCUGCUUUGGCACGCAGAUCGUGUCGUUCGCCAUGUUCUGUGUGCUGUACACGUUCGAGUGUCCCAACAUGUACCUGGCGGGGGUGACUUUACCGUAUGUCAGUUUCUAUGGAGUCAUUCCUGGAUUGACUGACAUGAGUCCGGGUCUGGUGGCAGGAAAUACAUCAAAUAUCUCCAUGACGUCACUUCCGGUUGUACCCACUCCGAUUGCAAAUUCACUCCUGAACUCGACCGUUGGAGAGCCUGCCUACAUGUACAGUACACCCCCACAUCAUCACGAGAUGGUACAGUCCACGGUCUACAAGACCACAGCGUCACCAGCCGUGAACAACACAGGUAUGACUCCACCAUGGAUGAUCAACAUCACCCUGCCCAACAUGUGUAACGGUCACUGCGGUUGCCAGGAGACCACAUUUGAACCUGUCUGCGGCGCUGAUUGGAUAACGUACUUCAGCCCGUGCUUCGCCGGGUGCACAGGGACGAUCCUAGCGGCGGACGGGAUAACUCCAUCGAACUACACCGGAUGUGCGUGUAUAAAAGGUGGACUGCACGCCACGCCGGGGGUGUGUCCGACUCCCUGCUCAGCCAAGGCUGUUCCGUUUGUCGUCUUCAUGUUCUUCCUAGCCAUCGUCACGGCUGUGGGGCAGGCGCCGGCUUUCAUGGUGCUUAUCAGAGCGGUGGACAUAGAAGACAAACCGUUCGCCCUGGGUCUACAGUACCUCGCUACAAGGCUUUUUGCCUCUAUCCCUGCUCCUAUCUACUUCGGCGCCGCCAUUGACACGUCCUGUAUGAUGUGGAGUACUGUCUGCGGCAAGAGGGGGUCCUGCUGGCUGUACGAUAACACCUUACUGCGACAGGCCUUUGUAGGUGUAGGAAUAGGCCUGAAGGCCGGCGCCCUGGUCUGGUCAUUUGUGGCUUUCAUGGCGGUCAGAAGACAGUCGACUCAAGGACCGGAGGAGGAAGAGAAGUCGCCUUCAAGACGUCUGGACAGCUUGUCUAUGGGUGACGUCAUCAAGGCGUCUCAGUUUUCCUUAGACAUGCUCGAUGUCAAUCUUAACUUCACGGAGAAAGAAUUCAUGGAGGCUAAAGAAACAGUGUUGUAGUCAACAGGACACAUACAAGCAAGUCCUUAGAUUUCUGGCAAGGAAUCAUUCGGCCAAUUUGAUCUGUCAGUUUUUCUUUCAAUGGUGAAAAAAAACACUACCAUUGCCUCUGACGAACAUAUGUCGUACCAAGUGCUGCGAGUUACAUAAAGUAAUUGUAACAUUACAAGAAAAGGUCCGUUCCAACUUUCUAACAGUCAAAGCACUUUAAAUGUGCUUGAAAUGUCAAACUCUAUAAUUUGAUCUUUCCAGUGAUAUUCCCAACGGCCGAUAACAGUGUUUUGAAGGUUGUGUUUUUUUUACAACUACGCAAUACUAGAGAGUCGAAAUCUACACUAUUAAUGUUAGUCAGAUAUGCUAGUUAGUAACUUAGCAACCCAUGCUUAACCUUUGAAAAUUUGCUACCUCAGGCCCAAUCUAUGUGAUAAAAAGUAUAAUGCUGUCCAAUGCAAAUUCUCGUAGCUUUGUUGUCCUCUGGUAUUCACAACGUUUGUAUAUAUUUUCCUGUGGACUGUUGGACUUUUUUUUAGUUUUGUUUGAUAUUUUUUAUCAGUACGGUGCAAUGUUAGCUGACAAUUUUAUGACUUUUU